CAUCCAAAGGAAUCGGGAUAAACACAGUACACAGUAUAAAAGGAGCGGAUAGUACGCUUUCUUGCCUUCAUUUGGGCACGUGAAUUUUAACGAAAUAGUUCUUUGCUACACCUUCUGAUCCAUAAAACUUUUAAAAGCAUACGGUGAGAUGUGAGCGCUACAAGCCAUAACAACAGCAGGGCCCGAUUCCUUCUCUCAAUGACAACAACGGAAGGACCGAGUGGUAUUUCUUCAAAUGAAAUACAAACAAACGCACCGAAAAUCAACCACCCGGAAGAUGCUAAAACGGGCAGUGUUUUCCGCGGGUUAAACUCGCUCCUUCGCAGCGCUACCGGACAUGACGCACAAUGCUUUACAUCCUUCGAUGCGUUUGUUCAUCGAUGCAUGUACCGUCGAGUCGAUGGGGCUGCUCUCGGGGUAGCACGGGCCCUUUUCGGACUGGCCAUGCUAAUCGACAUACCAGAGGAACGGGCUGGUGGUGAUUUGGAUCUUCGCUGGGGUGAACCCCGCGACUGCCGGUUUCCGCUAAUCCAUUCGAUGGAACCACCACCAUCGCUACCGAAAAUGGGUAUCAUUUACGGGUUGAUGUGGGCCGGUGCGUUAGGCAUUAUGCUUGGAUAUCGCUUCCGUACAUCCGCUGCCAUCUUCACCGGGACGUAUUGGUACAUUUUUCUGCUGGAUAAAAGCGCCUGGAACAAUCACAGCUACCUGUACGGGUUGCUCGGGACAAUAUUCCUGUUCACCGAUGCGAACCGAUGCUGGUCCAUUGAUGCAUUGCAAACCGCGUCCGAAGAGCAAACGGUUCCUUUUUGGAAUUAUUUCAUUCUCAAGUUUCAGUUCUUUGUGCUCUACUUUGUGGCCGGAUUAAAAAAGCUAUGCCGUGAAUGGCUAUCUGGAUAUGCAAUGACUAAUCUAAGCUAUCAUUGGGUGUUUUUCCCAUUCCGUGCUUUGCUCGGACCAAAGCUUACCGAUCUACUAAUUGUCCAUUGGUUUGGAUGCAUCUUCGAUACGACGGUUGUGUUUUUCCUGAUAUACGGCCCUACGCGCAGGGUGGCCACCCUUUUCGCAAGUGCAUUUCAUCUGAUGAAUUCUAGGCUCUUCCACAUCGGUAUGUUUCCGUGGGUCUGUCUAUCCCAACUGCCUCUUUAUUACAGUUUUAGCUGGCCUCGAAGCAUUCUAUUUGCGAACAAUGCUCAAAUAUCUUUAAAGAAUGAACAUACGCAAGAGGAAAGCUGGGAACGGGUAGGACAUCCUGAAAACAAAAGAAAACAUAACCAUCAUCGUCGUAAGUGGACAAUGGUGACCAUGUUGGCGUACUGUUCACUGCAACUCUUUCUACCCUAUUCGCACUUCCUCACCAAAGGGUACAAUAAUUGGACAAAUGGUUUGUACGGUUACUCGUGGGAUAUGAUGGUACACGCUUGGGACACCAUCAUGAUUGGCAUCCGGGUCGUGGAUCGUCAGAACCCGGAACGCGUACAUUAUGUCGAACCGUUCGCUUUUACCGAUAACGAUCGUUGGACGAAACAUGCCGAUAUGGCCGUCCAAUUUGCACGAUGCAUCGAACGAAACAUUCAGCAGGAAGCGCCAAAGAUAUGGACCACAGCAACUGGCCCGAGUUCGAUUGGAGUACCGGCACAUCCAAACGUUUCCAUCUAUUUCGACAUUUGGUGCAGCAUGAAUGGACGAUUUCAGCAGCGUAUAUUCAACCCAAAUGUGGACAUUCUGCAAGCACCGUGGUCUCCGUUCGAACCGGUCGAAUGGGUUCUUCCCUUGCUGCAUCAAUUCAGCGCACUGCGCGAUACGCUCAUACGUCGUAAAACGGAUGAAGUUCUUGGCUGGAGUAAUCAUUCGGAUGUAUUGUUCAUUGCCGACUUUCCCGGUCUAACGUUACGCAACUACGUUGGAGAAGAUCUGUACAAUGUUUCACUGACCGUCCUGCAGGGUACUGUUCGGUAUGAAGCAUCUCUGGAUGAAGACGUUCCGAAAAGUUCCGAAAUCCUCCAUACCGGACAAAGUGCAUCACUUCCAGCGGGUACCUUCCAUGCAAUUGAAACGAUCGGUGGGAAACCAUCCUGUUAUAUGUACACGUACGUAAACCGCACCAAGGAGCUGGAGGCUAGUCGGAAUGGGGCAGAUGCGAUAUCAAACCCCCCGGCUAUGCUUCCGCUCGGUGACGAGUUGCUGCAUCGUUGGGAGAACUUUGUUCGCUUUCUGCAACAUGUUGGCAAUUCGUUGCUUUAUGAGCUGUACGGUGUACCGAUGCCAAGACGCCUGAAGGAACUGUUUGCUGAUGGUUAGUGCAUAAGAAAGACGUUGUGUAAUAUGUGUUGUGAAAAUGGACGAGAUAACGAUGUGAUUUUGUUUUGCAAUUAUUUCAUACACCGCGAAUGCUUCAAAUAAUAAACCUUAAAAAUUAUGAUUAAACAACGUUCGAUGUAUUUUUGACUCUAAAACAAAUUACUAGAUUAACUAUUAGUGGCGCCAAUGUACUUACGUGAGGCAAUU